AUGAGAGGAUUCCUUUUCGGAGUCUGCAUUAUCUCUGCUCUUACUGCAACAGGAUAUGAUGUUGGCUAUAAAACAAAUUCAUAUGACAUGAAGUGCAUGGAAAGCAAGAACUGUAAUAAAACUACGACAACAACAUUAUUAGGAUAUGAGUUUAAAGUCGUAACCUCUUGCUGUAAUACAGACAACUGCACUACAGAAGCAAACUGUGAAGAAAAUGACUUUGAAUUUAUAAGAAGAUGUGGAAAAGCUGCCGAGUGCAGUCGGGUUGGGACUUAUAGAAGCAACAGCAAGAAGUUUGCCAUUAAUACAACCUGCUGUAACUCCAGUAUGUGUGUUCCUCCUGUCCCCACAUUUCCCACCCAAGAAGCUACUGAAAACGGACUGUCCUGUCCAACAUGCUUUGCAUCAAACUCUAUCCGAUGUACAGAAGAAGACGCCAUGAAGUGUGUGGGGAAUGAGAAUCGCUGCAUCCACUAUGUGAAAAAUGAAUAUUUCAAAAACAAUUGGCAAGUUCAGUCUUUUUCUGGAUGUACCACAGACAGUAUCUGCAGACUUGGAUCAUCCACAAAACAAUUUUAUUAUUUGACAAAUGGAACUUUUAAAACUGUAACAAUGGAAAUGACGUGCAGUGGCAGCAUGAGAGUGACUGUUCAGUUCUUCUCCUACGUGGUCAUCAUAUUUGUAGGGCUAAGGACAAUAAUAGUUGCCUUGUAAACAAUCUCUGUAACCGACAAUAGGAAUUCAAUGUAGAAUUCUGUCUCACUGCCUUUAUAGACGUGUACUGUACAUCUCUUCUAUAGGAUG